AUGGAUUUGGGAGUCUGGGUCUCACUCACCAUCCUAGGCCUGCAAUAUCGCGAGGGGCCGCCAGAGGGCGCCGAAGGGAGAGCCUUCCAUAGAGUCCCGAGGCCUCUCCAGGCGGGACCGGAAGUCGAAGCCUUACCGGAAGUUUGGGUGCCCUCAUCCAAGAUGGCGGCGGCGGUGGAAGUGCGGCUGCCUGUGGCUCGGAAGCGCCUGGCGAAAGGCGACGGGGAAAGGGACUUGGUGGCCCCCGGAGACACCAUCACCACCGACCCGGGAUACAUGAGGGGCCACGGGACGUAUUUGGGGGACGAGAAGCUGAUUGCCUCGGUGGCCGGACUGGUGGAGCGGGUGAAUAAGCUGGUCUGCGUCAAAGCCCUGAAAACCAGGUAUAACGGUGAAGUCGGAGACAUUGUGGUGGGGCGCAUCACUGAGGUUCAGCAGAAACGUUGGAAGGUUGAGACCAAUUCCAGGCUGGAUUCGGUGCUGCUCCUUUCCUCCAUGAAUCUUCCAGGCGGGGAGCUGAGGCGGAGGUCGGCUGAGGAUGAACUGGCCAUGCGCGAUUACCUGCAGGAAGGAGACCUCAUCAGUGCAGAGGUCCAGGCGGUGUUUUCCGAUGGGGCCGUAUCAUUGCACACCCGGAGCCUGAAAUAUGGGAAGCUCGGCCAGGGGGUCCUGGUCCAGGUCUCCCCAUCCCUCGUGAAGCGGCAGAAGACCCACUUCCAUGACCUGCCUUGCGGGGCUUCUGUUAUCCUCGGCAACAACGGCUUCAUCUGGAUUUACCCGACUCCUGAACAGAAGGAUGAAGACGCCGGGGGCUUCGUCACUGACCUGGAGCUGGUGCCAUUGCCAGAUCGGGAAGUCAUCUCCCGCCUUCGGAACUGCAUCAUGGCCUUAACGGCUCAGAAACUGAUGCUCUACGACACUAGCAUCCUUUACUGCUAUGAAGCAUCCCUUCCUCACCAGAUCAAGGAUCUACUGAAGCCGGAGGUGAUGGAGGAGAUCGUGUUGGAGACUCGGCAGAGACUGCUGGAACUGGAGGGGUGAUGGCAGAGUGGUUGCCUUCAAGAAGAUGUUGCCCUUUUCUCUCUUCCCAUGAACGUUGGACUUUGUUGUGGUUAUAGAUUAUGUCAGAUGAAAUUAUUUGACGAAGGAAGUUUUUGAUGCCGGUUAGAACAAACACACAUGCCCGGUGGAGAAUGAUCAACCUCUUCUUGUUCACAUUUCACAUCUUCUGGUGUCCUGUCCUUCACCUUGGGCUACCACUCUUGCACAUUAUUGCCUCCAGACAUGGAAUUGUGUUGGUUUUAUACUUUGGAAGUAUUGACUCAUUGGUUUGAGUCUCCUUUCUUAUUUGCUUCAGCCCUUCAGGUGUUUGGAUUUCAACUCCCACAAUUCCUCGCAGCCUCAAGCCCCUUCCUUUUUCCACUCAGCCACCUAAGUAGAAAGGGAAAAGGAAAAUUUGGACCUGGGACAUACUCUCCUGUUACCCUUCCUAGAGUUUUUAUGAUACUGCAAACUCUUCUAAAGUCAAUUCCAUGUAUAACAUAACUAUAUGGUAGGUAUUUUUUAAAAAAUAAGCCUCUAUUUUUUUUGUAUUGGAAGUACUUAAACGCAACCCAGUAAAUGUUUUUUUUAAAGAAAA